AAGGGGGCGGGGGACUCAGCUUGUUGUGUUGCUGCCCCAGAGCCGGAGACGGCUUCCUUCCGCGGCCGCAGCGCUGACCAGCAAGCCCGACCAUGUCGUCUCAUUUAGUGGAGCCGCCGCCGCCCCUGCACAACAAUAACAACAACUGUGAGGAAGGGGAGCAGUCCCUGCCCCCGCCAGCCGGCCUCAACAGUUCCUGGGUGGAGCUACCCAUGAAUAGCAGCAAUGGUAAUGAUAAUGGCAAUGGGAAGAAUGGGGGGCUGGAGCACGUACCUUCCUCAUCCUCAAUCCACAACGGGGACAUGGAAAAGAUUCUUCUAGAUGCACAGCAUGAAUCGGGACAGAGCAGCUCCAGGGGCAGUUCUCACUGUGACAGCCCUUCACCACAGGAAGACGGGCAGAUCAUGUUUGAUGUGGAGAUGCACACCAGCAGGGACCAUAGCUCUCAGUCUGAAGAAGAGGUUGGAGAAGGUGACAAGGAAGCCGAGACUUUGAAGAAAAGUGCAGACUGGGUUUCUGACUGGUCCAGUCGGCCUGAGAACAUUCCACCCAAAGAGUUCCACUUCAGGCAUCCAAAGCGGGCUGUGUCUCUGAGCAUGCGGAAAAGUGGAGCCAUGAAGAAAGGGGGCAUUUUCUCUGCAGAGUUUUUGAAGGUGUUCAUUCCGUCUCUCUUCCUUUCUCAUGUUUUGGCUUUAGGGCUAGGCAUCUAUAUUGGAAAACGACUGAGCACACCUUCUGCCAGCACCUACUGAGGGGAGGAAACGCCCUGGACAUGCGCGUGGCCUGUGAAGUGGUGUAUUGUAGUUUCUUUGAACUUGAGACCAUUGUAAGCAUGACCCAACCUGCCACUCUAUUUUUACAUAUCCAGUUCCAGUAACUCUCAAAUCCAGUAUUUUAUUCAAACUCUGAUGAGGCAUUUUACUUACCUUGUUCUCUUUUUGGCCUGUAAGAAACUUUAGAAUUUCCUAACAAAGUUUACUGUUUAGAAAUUCGCAAGGGCUUCUUUUCCGCGAACGCCACCAGCAGAUUAUCACUUGUCACCAGGGCUCUCGUCUCCUCUUAGCAGCACCAGAACCAGACCUGAUGGUCCGUUGGGAGCCGCGCAGCCACCAGCUCUCGCUGUGAGCUCAGGGCAGUGCGUCUCACAACAGCUUUGUCGUUUGCUUUUCAAGACAAAAACAAGCACCCUAGGCUUGAAUUUAUAGUUAUUAAAAGAAAACAAAAACAGACAAAGGAAAACUCAAGAAAAAAAUAACAUCCUGGGCAAUAAAAAAUUCUUGUAAACAAGCUUUUGAGGCACUUUUUUUCCUAAGCCUCCUGAUAGCGCCUUUAAUUUGUAGGAGGCAGUCUGUUCAAUGAUAGUGGGAAACAGAAGAACUAAAAUUCACCUGUUAUCAUUUCUGUAGUAGAGAAUCUUUAUUUCUGGUGAGGGGCGUCUCAGGCCUAGACAUACAUGACAUUGCUUUUUAGAUUCUUGUGUGUUUGGGAUUUUCAUGUUACCUGCAUGUGAAGUUGUCAUGACUUUAAUUUUUUUUUUUUUUUAAGUUUCUUUCACUUUUCUGAGACUUUGGAAGGAGUCCAUUUCAUGGUGUUAAUACAGGCUUCUUGUUUUCGGAAGCUUUGCUUAUACUUGGAAGCUUUUAAAUUCUGAAGAAGUUGCUUUGGCGUUAGCCCAAGCCCACAUGUAACUUCGGGAAACAGACUUGGGUUGUGAGGACACUUGACAGUUCUGGAAAGAUGCCAUCCACUCCCUUCUGACCCUUGGCUUCCUGGCAGUCACCGCGCGCCCUGUGAUCUCGCGGGCACUGGUGAUUCUCUCACGUAGCCCUCUUUGCAGUUCUGUUCAACUUUUGACGUUCCAGAACACUCAGCAAAUUCCUCCAGUGACAGACUUUCCUUUUUGUUUGUUUCUCAAAUGUGAAGCUUUAGGACCAAAUUGUUAGAGAGCAUCGGGAUUGCAGAUACACUGCAAGUAGAUUUUGUUGGAUUUUGGACUGUGCAGUACCAGCACGCCUGAAAGACUCUGCUUUGUGUUUUCUACAUAAAUAAUUACUGUUUGUAAUAGAGACGUUGUUCUCGGGGCUUAGAGCGCAUUGUGAAUUUUGAAGCUAGCCAUCCAUAAAGUGCACCGGGUUGACUUGAAUAAAACACCAUGACAACCCGGAUGCCACUUUGCAGCAGCUAACUCUUCUCUCUCACAUAAGGUGUGUUGUAGUGGACAGAAGCACAGAGGAGUAAAAAAUAAAUUUUCUAUCAUUUUUCAAGAACAUAGCUGUCUCUUUGAAAAUAAUAAUAUAUCCAAACUAGUUUUGUCAGUUCCUUUUCUUUCCAACAUUUGAUGCCUGAAUAAUUGUGGAUGUCUUCUAUACUAUCUCUGUCUUAACCCUUACGCCUGGUAACACUUGAUUUGCCUUCUUGCCUAUUUAUUUCAAGUGUUUGCAUUUGAAUUUCUUUAGGAAGAAAGUAAAUCUGAUGGCCUGCUGGUUUUGCAAAGCCUGAGUAAGGGCUGGCGGAGCAGGGCUGCCUGCGCGUGCAAUCUGCGUUCCGGCAGGCUCCCCGGGGAGGAGGGUCUGAGUCAACUUCAAAUACAAGCACCUUUUUACAGGCACUGCCUUCUUUCUUAGUUCAGUAGCAAUCCUAUCAGCAGUACCAUUGAACUUCAAAAAUAUUUAUGAUUUUUUAACAUUACAAAUAAGAUUAGUUUUUCCAUUUUCUGAUUAUCAGAGUGUAGAAUAUUAAUGGCAGCGUUGAGCACAUUGUCAGGUGGAGCUUACACGGUGAGCUCGUGCAGGACUCACUCACUAGUAGCCAGCCUAACGUAUGGGGCACAGGUUGCUGCGUCUACCCAGACUUCUGUUGAAUGGAAACAGAUUGUUUGAUCGUAAAGCAGAAAUCAACAGUUAGCGGUUGAAAAUUUAAGAUUAAUGUUUAAAAAGCUUUACACCUGUUUACAAUGUGGUGAUGGAAAGGUAGGCUUUAUUAUUCUUAUGUCUGAAGAAAACUGGCUCAACUAUUUAUAAAUAAAAAUCAAGAGGGAAACUGCACAAACUUGCACUUGGAAAGUGCACCAUAUCACCUUGACUGCGGUAAAAAAUGAAAACAGAGGACUUAGCCAGUGAGACGACCUUCUGAAGGAGCCAGUGUUGAAGUGAUUGGAAUUCACUGAGCCAAAGUGAUUGUGCGUUCUUCAUCUGCUUAGUUAGCACUUUGUGUCAUUAUGUAAGUUUACAGUACAUGUAUAACUUGUAGCUAUAAACAUUCUGUGCCAUUAAAGCUCUCACAAAACA